AUGGGAGGCUUAAAGCUAAAAGUAAGGUAAGCAGGGUAAUGUAGAAUUAAAAAAAGCUACAGUUCAGAAUAUCAGGUAGAAUAAUAUUAUGUUAUGAAAGUACAAAUAAGUUAAAACAAAUGUAAGGCAUACCUACAGAAAAAUAAAAGUUUUAUAAAAAUGUAGGGCUCUGGCAGUGAUUUUAUAAAGUAAGGUUAACAAGACUAUGACUGAUGCAAGGCUAGGGUUCAGUUUAAGGCGAAGGUUGCUUAGGCUAGGACUAACACUAAAGCUAAUGCUAAGUUUAGGGGUAUUGCUAAUGUAAGGCGGAAGCCUAGGUUUAAGCUCAGGCUUACAUUAAGGCUUUGGCAAAAGCUGAAGCUAAGGCUAAAGUUAGGGCUAGGACUAAGGCUAAAGCUUUGGCUAAAGCUAAUGAUGGAAUCAAAUCUCAAUCUCAGGCUAAUGUUAAUGUUGAAGCGAAGGCUCAAGCUAAGUCUAAAGCUAAAGCUCAGACUCAAGCUAUGGCUAAUGCUAAGACUAAGGCUCAGGUCAGAAGCAAAGCUAGGGCUCAACCCCAGGCCAAGACUAAGCCUAGAGAUAAGAAUAAAGCCAAAAUGUUUAACAUUCUUGACUUCCUCGACUUUAUUUAUCUCCACAUGAUACUUAAUUUAUGA